UGAAUCAUUAACUAUUUGCGCAGCGAACGCGCAAACGUUUGGCGAUUACAAAGUUGCAGUAAGUUUGAAGGAAGUCUGCUCGUUAGGACAUUCUUCGGGGGAUUUUAAAAGGGGUUUUACUAAGAUUAGGCUCUUCGUGCUUUUUCACGUGAAAUGAGCCUUUAUAAGGCGUCUUUUUUGUUGGAGCGGUGUUGCGCUACACAACUUGAAAAAGGUCUCGUCUUUUUGUGAAAAACUGUAUUUUGUGCAUUUCAACAUGGCAGCGUAUACAUUACCGGAGGGAUUCACCGAGUUUGAUAUGUUUACAUUCGGCUCAGGGCUUCUUGUUGCGGGCACGCUUGGAUUCUUCCUCAAUGCCAUCAGCAUUGUGUCUUUCCUCAGAGUGAAGGAAAUGUGGACUCCCAGUAACUUCUUUGUGUUCAAUCUUGCUGUGGCUGACAUCAGUUUGAAUAUUAAUGGACUCAUAGCUGCAUAUGCGAGCUACCUCAGAUAUUGGCCUUUUGGUCAGGAUGGAUGUGCCUAUCAUGGUUUUCAGGGCAUGAUAGCGGUUCUAGCGUCAAUCAGUUUCAUGGCUGCUGUCGCUUGGGACAGAUAUCACCAGUACUGCACCAGACAGAAGCUCUUCUGGAGCACUACGCUGACAAUAACCAGCAUCAUCUGGAUUCUUUCCAUCUUCUGGGCUGCUGUUCCUCUAAUGGGAUGGGGCGUCUAUGACUUUGAGCCUAUGAAAACUUGCUGCACCUUGGACUACACCAGAGGGGACAGGGACUAUGUGACCUACAUGCUGACUUUGGUGGUGCUCUACCUGAUGUUUCCAGCUUACACCAUGUACUCAAAUUACGAUGCCAUCCACAAACACUUCAAGAAGACCCAUCACCACAGGUUUAACACCAAUAUCCCUUUGAGGGUAUUGCUGAUGUGCUGGGGGCCCUACGUCCUCAUGUGUGUCUACGCCUGUUUCCAGAACACCAAGCUUGUAUCUCCCAAACUAAGAAUGGUGCUUCCAGUUCUUGCAAAGACAAACCCUAUCUUCAACGCUCUCCUUUUCUCAUUUGGAAAUGAGUUCUACCAAGGUGGCGUGUGGCACUUCCUCACCGGGCAGAAGAUCGUUGAGCCGGUUAUUAAGAAGUCAAAAUAAAAGGAAACUCAUUAUAUUCUGGUGAAAAGUCUAGUAUAAUUUGCUUUCAUAAUAAGUUCCUGCAGUAAGCAUGAAUGGGUCAUUUAGAUGUCUGUCAGUUGAAAUAUUUCAUUAACCUGCACUGCUCCUCUGUCCGUGUCAGACCACUGCCAAUAAACCUAUAUUGUUGCUGCUUU